GCCCCAGCCAGGGAAUUUCAAUUUGAAACCGAGCGGAGGGAGGAGGCGGUUGCGGCGGCCCGGCGGCAGGGGCUGGAGCGGGACCAGUUCCCGCAGCGAGCGAGCCCUGGAGGUGCAGUGUCCGGCCUAAGCUGUAACCAUGACCACUGAAGUAGGCUCCACUUCCGAAGUGAAGAAAGAACCUGAACGAUUAGGAGCAGACACAGAUACAACCGAGGAGAAAACGAAAGAAGUAGCAGAAAAUCAGCAGAACCAGUCCUCCGAUCCAGAGGAGGAAAAAGGUUCCCAGUCAUCUCCUACAGCUGACAGCCAAAGUAGUCCACACCGCCAGAAGAGAGAGAAGGAUCCAUCGGAGAGCAGGGGAAUUUCUCGAUUCAUACCCCCAUGGCUUAAGAAACAAAAGUCCUAUACCUUAGCAGUGGCCAAAGAUGGAGGAGAUAAAAAAGAGCCUACCCAAGCUGUUGCUGAGGAGAUUUUAGAUAAAGAAGAGUCUCUUCCUGAAGGAGAGAGGCAGGCCAAGGGUGAUGCCGAAGAAACCGCUCAGAGGAAACAACAGGAGGUUAAAGUUGAUGUCAAGGAAGAGAAACCAGUGAGCGGUCCUGCGGCACAGCCUGCUGAUGAAGUAAGUAAGGAGAGAGAAGAGAAGGCUAAAGAAAUACAGGAAGACAAAUCAGAAGAAGCAAAAAGGGAGACCAAGGAAGUGCAGACCAAUGAGCUAAAGUCAGAAAAGGCUUCUCAGAAAGCCACCAAGAAGACCAAAACUGUCCAGUGUAAAGUGACCCUCCUAGAUGGCACCGAGUACAGCUGUGACCUGGAGAAAUGUGCGAAGGGACAAGUGUUAUUUGACAAAGUGUGCGAACAUCUCAAUCUCUUGGAAAAGGACUAUUUUGGACUUUUAUUUCAGGAAAGCCCUGAACAGAAAAACUGGCUAGAUCCUGCAAAAGAAAUAAAGAGACAGCUACGAAAUCCUCCUUGGCUGUUCACCUUUAAUGUGAAGUUUUAUCCUCCUGAUCCUUCUCAGUUGACUGAAGAUAUCACCAGAUACUUCUUGUGCCUUCAGCUCCGGCAGGACAUUGCCUCCGGCCGCCUGCCCUGCUCAUUUGUGACUCAUGCCCUCCUGGGAUCCUACACGCUGCAGGCUGAACUUGGGGACUAUGAUCCAGAAGAACAUGGCAGCAGUGACCUCAGUGACUUCCAGUUUGCCCCCACACAGACGAAGGAGCUGGAAGAGAAGGUGGCAGAGCUGCAUAAAACCCACAGGGGCUUAUCUCCAGCACAAGCUGAUUCUCAGUUCUUAGAAAAUGCAAAGAGGCUCUCCAUGUAUGGCGUUGACCUACAUCAUGCCAAGGACUCGGAAGGCGUGGACAUCAAGCUGGGUGUGUGCGCUAAUGGGCUUCUCAUUUACAAAGACAGACUGAGAAUCAAUCGUUUUGCUUGGCCGAAAAUCUUGAAAAUUUCCUAUAAGCGCAGUAACUUCUACAUUAAAGUUAGGCCAGCAGAGCUCGAACAAUUUGAGAGCACCAUUGGAUUCAAACUGCCAAACCAUCGGGCAGCAAAAAGGCUAUGGAAAGUGUGCGUGGAACAUCAUACUUUCUACAGGCUUGUGUCUCCAGAGCAGCCACCAAAGGCCAAGUUCCUGACCCUGGGGUCCAAAUUCCGCUACAGCGGCCGCACCCAAGCCCAGACCCGCCAGGCAAGCACUCUCAUUGACAGGCCAGCACCACACUUUGAGCGUACCUCUAGCAAACGGGUCUCCAGGAGUCUAGAUGGAGCUCCAGUUGGUGUUGUUGAUGAAAGUCUUAUGAAGGAUUUUCCUGGCCCUGCUGGGGAGGUUUCAGCAUAUGGCCCCGGAGCUGUCAGCACCGCCAUGGUACAGGAUGGGGAUGGCAGAAGGGACCUCAGGAGCCCGACUAAAGUCCCACAUGUGCAAUUCGUUGAAGGAAAGAAGAAUUCCUUGAGAGUAGAAGGGGAUAAUAUUUAUGUCAGACAUAGCAAUUUAAUGUUGGAGGACCUCGAUAAGGCCCAGGAGGACAUACUGAGACAUCAGGCUAGCAUUAGUGAACUCAAGCGCAAUUUUAUGGAAUCCACACCUGAGCCGCGCCCUAAUGAAUGGGAAAAACGACGUAUCACACCUCUGUCCCUACAGACACAAGGGAGCAAAGGAGACCAUCUUUUCAAGGAUAUUUUAUCCGUGAAGGAGAAGCAUCAGAGAGCGGCAACACGGACAGUUGAAGAAAAAGUCCAGGAAGCAGACAAGAAACGCGCUCCCGAGUCAGAAGGGCCUUGCACUGGAGCCAGUGAUGCUGCUAAGAGUUCACAUGAGACUCUGAAUGUAGUGGAGGAGAAGCAGCAGGCAGAGGUUGGGAAAGACGAAAGAGUAAUCACAGAAGAAAUGAACGGUAAAGAGCUAUCACCUGGGAGUGGUCCUGGGGAGACCCGUAAGGUGGAGCCUCUGACGCAGAAAGACUCCACCUCCCUGUCUUCUGAGAGCAGCAGCGGCAGCGAGAGCGAGGAGGAGGAAGACGUGGGCGAGUACCGGCCCCACCACCGUGUGACCCAGGGCACCAUAAGGGAAGAGCAGGAGGAGUAUGACGAAGAGGUGGAGGAAGAAGCCGGCCGAGCAGCCAAGGUAGUAGAGAGGGAGGAAGCAGUGCCAGAAGCCAGCCCAGGCAGACAAGCAGGUGCCAGUGUAAGCGCAGUAGAAACAGUGAUCCGGGAGAAGGUAGUGGCCCCAAAGCUAUCUGCAGAGAAGAGUGUAAACGAAGGCGCUAUUAAGCAAGACAUGAGCGAAGAAACAGAGGACGAGCAGCAGCAUAAAGUUAACGGAGAGGUGUCUCAUGUUGACAUUGAUGUGUUGCCACAAAUUAUUUGUUGUUCCGAGCCACCAGUGGUAAAAACAGAGAUGGUAACAAUUUCUGAUGCCUCACAAAGGACAGAAAUCUCCACCAAGGAAGUCCCUAUUGUCCAAACUGAGACCAAAACCAUCACAUAUGAGUCUCCACAGAUUGAUGGCGGGGCUGGUGGUGACUCGGGGACGUUACUGACGGCACAGACCAUCACAUCUGAGUCCGUGUCGACGACGACGACAACACACAUCACCAAGACUGUGAAAGGUGGAAUAUCUGAAACAAGAAUUGAGAAACGCAUCGUGAUCACGGGAGAUGCGGACAUCGAUCAUGACCAGGCGCUGGCCCAGGCCAUCAGGGAAGCCAGAGAGCAGCACCCCGACAUGUCGGUCACGAGAGUGGUGGUGCACAAAGAGACGGAGUUGGAGGAAGGGGAAGAGUAAGUAAGGACAUCCUUAAGUGAAGCUGCCUGCCGCCUUACCGUCUUUGCUUCUGUGUCACCGACAGUGCGCAGUGGUAACAAACAGUGACUUUGGUACAGUUUGGUGGCACUGCUUUGACCUGUGUGUCAUGAUGCCAACAGGGGCACUCACCCUUGUGUCACUAUCAGUGAAAAUGUCCAUUCCCCGGAAAUGGCAGCUAAUGGCUCAGUGUGAUUAUGAAAUGGCUUUGACUUCAUUACCCCCCGAAAACGUCUCUCCCUCAGGAUCUGCAGACUUGGAGAACUGGUCGGUCUGCAUCAUAGUGGUGCUAUAAACAUGGUGAGCAUUGGCUGUUCCCUGGGUUAACCGAAUAGAACUUCUCCUACUUUUUUGGCUCUAGGACCCCUCUUAGAAUGAAAAUUCAGUUUAAAAAUUAAAAUCAAAUACUCAAAGACCAAGGAAGACGGUUUAGCAUCAGUAAUAACGGAAAUCCAUAAACUAUUGUAUUUAAAGCUGAACGUUACACCUGGGUGCAUGGACCACAUUUUUAUUUAGGAAAGAGUUGGAUUAUCUCUUACAUAAAUAUUUUACUCAUGUUUUCAAGAUCUCCGGCUGUACUACUGCCCUAUUGUAAUUGAAUCUUAAUCCGAAGCUAAAUGUUAUGGUUUCUUGCAUUAUUUUAAUUAUUUUGGAUAAAAACCACAUUUUUGCGUGUUUAUUGAGAGUCCCCUUCAGAUGAGUGCUUUACCACUUACAGGCAGUAUUUCUAGUGGUUUGGGUCAAAUACUCUUUCACAAGUGCACAUUUGCAGUUUACCGAAUCCGUUUCUGGAAUAGAGCACGCUCAUGUUUGAAACCCCUGUGUGAGAGCCCCUGUCUCUGGAAACUCUGAGGUUGUGCUUUUCAGAUGCAACGAUAAAACCCCUGUGCUUGAAUUUGGCUGAUUUCCCACUGUUCGUCAGGCACAUUAAGAUAAAUUUGACUGUUUGGAACCCUCUGUGAGGACUUAAGGUGGAAUAGGCAACUGGUACAUAUCCUUGAAGCAUUUGGAUAUGGAGUUAGAUCUGUGAUUAGAUGAGGCAGCCACCUUGACCUGUUCCCACUCUGGCCCAAAGAGGGGGACAGAGGCUAGGGGAACUGCACUGUAGUAGUCAGUAACGCUCACUGACGUUGUAUAUAGUCUAGGGGUGGGAAACUAAAGCAUGGAAACGGUGGUUUGGGCUUCUGUUUUUGUUUACUUGACCAAAACUCUAAUACAUAAUGUAUAAUUCAUAUACUUCAAUGUUUUGAUCCGAUCCAAGCUCAAGGUGACCAUUAUGAUAUUGCCAAAAGGGGCAAAGAUAGUAAUUAAUGCCAGCGAUUAAUGCCUGUCAAUCUGUUGACAAAAUAAGGUAUCCAGACUAUUGUGAAAGAGAGAGAAUUCAAGCUUUAAAAAGAAAAAAAAAAAAAAAAAAAAAAGAGUUCUUGUAGGAAGCC